GCUCGCGUAUUGACGGUCGCAAAUCGGCAAUAGCGAACGCCGAUUAAAUAAAUUAAAUGAACUUAGAAAUAAAUUAAAAAACAAAUAGUGUCAAUUAGAAGUACAUAUUGUAAAUUAGUUGUUAUGAAGAUGGUCAGGCAUAGAAAAGUAGUUUCGCUAAAGACAGAUAAGGAUGCAAGCAGUAGUUCUGGUUGCAGCGAAUCCUCUAUCGGUAGUAGAACCUUUAAAUUUCUUUCGGUGUGGAAAACCGGCGUCGGUUGCGUUUGUUUUUUAAUUGCGGUGUAUAUUAGCACUCUGGGCUACCUUGAAACACGCGUCAACACACCUUUUGACGAUGAUAAGGUAAGCGAAACGUUGCAUCAAUUUCACAUAUUUUAUUGUAAUCAAGUAAGCAAAAUAAAUAAAUCCAAUAAAGAUACUAAUAUUUAUUCUUCCAGCCACUGGUGUGACCAAAACGACAAUCUAGACACGUAUGGCUGGCUCCGCCACGAUGGGGUCACGUUCGGGGAACAGCUGAUAGUGGACAAACCCCACAAUAUCACCACCUCCUUCAUCAAGACCCCGGGGGGAGAACACGGGGGUCAUUGGACAGCCAGGAUUAAUGUUACUACUAAGGGUCAUGCGAAAGUACCGUUCGUAUUGAUAUGGUAUGCUGCACUAGACGAGUCCUUGGGCCCUGCCGCCCCCCACUCCAGGCUGUGGUAUGAAGAUGGCUCCAUCUUAGGCCAUACUCCUCAACUGCACAACUUUAGGAUCAAUUUGGUGCCUCAGCAAGGCAAACUCCUCCACACGUCAUACUCCGAGGCGAAUGCACCAGGGCUUCAUCUCUUGAAGGAGAAACUCUAUUCUCUACUCAAAAUUGAAAGACAUUCCAUGUUUGGCAAGCUAGCAGUACUUGGAGCUGAUGAUGAACUGCAUAUUAAGGAAAAAGACAUCAAUUUCGUCCCAAUCCAAAUGUUAGUGGAGACUCCGUUUUGUGUAGAUAUUGUGUACACGACAGAAGAUCUCUCUACACCUCCACUUAAGGGAGAGAAGUACGCCAGAGUUUUACAAGAGAAGAAGACAGAGUUUGACGCGGAGUUUGAAUCGAAAUUCCGAUUGGAUGAAAAAGGGUCAUUCUUCCCUCGUGGUUUCCUCUGGGACGAAGGUUUCCAUGGUCUCCUGAUUGGACGCUGGUCUCCAGACAUACAGAUGGACAUCGCAGCUCAUUGGAUGGAUCUCAUCAAUGUUGAAGGAUGGAUUCCUCGGGAACAGAUAUUGGGAGCGGAGGCGUUAGCAAGAGUACCAAAAGAAUUCGUAGUACAAAGCAACGCGGCGGCCAACCCACCAAUGUUGUUGAUCCAGCUCGCCCACUUCGUGAAGAUACGGCCGGAGCUCUUCGUGACCGGUUCUAAACAUCGCGCGACUUUAGACAGAAUGUUCAGUCGGCUACAGGCAUGGUACCAAUGGUUCCAGACCACCCAGAAGGGAGAUGAGCCCACCUCGUAUAGAUGGAGAGGUCGAGAAGAUGAUGGGUUGCAGCUCAACCCUAAAACACUGACUUCUGGACUUGAUGACUAUCCUAGGGCGUCUCACCCUUCAGACAUUGAGCGACACGUGGACCUUCGAUGCUGGAUGUAUGCAGCCGCCGACGCUAUGAUGACCAUAGCUGAUCUCCUACAGAGGGACUCUAGCAAGUAUGAAGCUACAAAAGACCAGUUGGGCGAUGAAGAACUACUCAACGAGCUCCACUGGUCUACUCACACACAGACUUAUGCAGACUACGGUCUCCACACGGAUGGAGUAAAAUUAGUUCGUCAGCAGCCGAAGAAUCCUUCGGAGCCAGCGAAGGUGGUGAGGAGCGUCACAGUACCACCACAACCAAGACUGGUGACUUCGGUGUUUGGUUACGUCUCCCUAUUCCCAAUGUUAAUGAAGGUCUUAAAGCCAGACAGCGACAAAUUAGGCAAGAUCCUUGAAGACUUGGACAAACCUGAGCUACUGUGGUCGCCUUAUGGUUUAAGGUCCCUAUCAAAAUCCGCGCCACUAUACAUGAAGAGGAAUACAGAACACGACCCUCCAUACUGGCGGGGCCAGAUUUGGGUCCCUAUUAACUAUCUAGCCCUGUCUUCUCUCAAGCACUACGCUAACGCCGGGGGCCCACACGCUGCCAGGGCCGCUGAACUGAACGGGAGACUCAGGGAUAAUGUUGUCCGUAACAUUCUAAACCAAUACAAGAAAACAGGAUACUUAUUCGAGCAGUAUUCAGCAGAAGACGGUAAGGGAUCAGGGUGCAAGCCAUUCAACGGGUGGACAGCUCUCGUAGUACUUAUAAUGGCGGACGAAUAUUAAACAAAGCAUCAGUGAGCUCUAUUCUACCAAUCAAGGACUUUCGUUUGAUAUCCAUAGUGACGGUAGUUGUGGAAAUAAUUAGAUAAUAUUGUAAUUAUGGUCAUCAAGAUUAAGAGUGUGUACCAAAUAUGAUGAUCGAUGUGUCGUCAGGAAGGGGGUGGAAUUACAAUUACUGAAGACCGAAACAAACAAACGGGCAAGCUAAAUAAGACCGUUAGGCGAGAUAGUAGCAAAACGCAAAAAAAUACAAUACAAAAUCUUCGGUACAGGGCCGCAUUAGGAUUGUUUCGGGCCCCUACGUACUAAUGUGGGGGCCCAAUGAUUUACAAGUAAUUUGCUAUCGUGUUACACGGGGGCCCGAUGAUUUACUAAUGUUUGUAAGGGAUGGCAAUAUGAAAAAAUCGUGAAGUUUGUUUAGAGACAUAUUAAAUUGCGUUUUAUGAAUAACGUAAAUAUUUAUCUAUAUUAUUAAAAAUGAAAUUUCCGUUCGUUCGCUCGCUAAAACGGUGAAUCGAUUUGGCUAAUUUCGGUCCCGAAAUGUUCGUGUGAAGUUCAGAGAAGGUUUUAAAAAGUAAGAUAAAAAAAAAUUAAGCAAUACGAAGCUUAUCGGGUCUGUUGGUUUAUUAUUGUUAUUUAUAUUGAAGGUGUUCCCUCACGGGAGCAUUCACAUGUAAUGUUACAUUAUAGAUUCGACUUUGAGCAUUACAUUACAAUAAUACUUCCCUGACUAAAGAGCAUUUGCG